CACCCUUCCUUUCCCUCUGCUGACUUUCUUGAAGGCAUCCAAGCGUCACUGUGAAUCUAUGGCUCUUUCUCUGUCCUAGUCUUUCUAUCUUCUUUCUUCUCUGCGUUUUCGUGGUUGAUCUCUGAUAUUCUCAACCUCUCUAAUGGCGUUUUCACCAACCUAGCUUCUCUGGUGUACUAUCGUUCUCUUUCGUUGCUCAUGGAAUCUCGUACGACCUUGUCCGACUCAAACGAUAAUAGUGGCAGCAGCAGCAUCUGUUUCGUCUCCCAAACCGAGACACUCUCUUCAGAGACCUGCGCUGACGUCGCAGCCCUGAGACGCCUAUCUGAAAACCUAGAAUCCAUAUUCGGACCGGAUUUCGAAUUUUGGAGCGACGCGAAGAUCGUCGUCGAUGGGGACCGUCAAGUGCCCGUCCAUCGCUGCAUUUUAUCGGCUCGAAGCCCCUUCUUUAGGAAAUUCUUCAGUUCUCCCGAUAGAGGAGUAGGCGAAAAGUUCGAAUUGAAGGAAUUGACUGAAGAUUUCAAAGUGGGUUUUGAUGCUUUGGUCGCUGUUUUAGGUUAUCUGUAUAGUGGUAAGGUUAAGCCCUUACCUAAAGAUGUUUAUGUAUGCGUAGACGAAGAUUGCUCGCAUAUUGGCUGCCGACCAGCGAUCGAUUUCAUGGUUGAGGUGUUAUAUGCCUCUUUCACUUUCCAGAUUUCCGAACUGGUGGCACUGUAUCAGAGGCACCUGCUUGACAUUCUUGACAAGGUAGCAAUAGAUGACUUAUUGGUGAUAUUAUCUGUUGCAAAUAUGUGUGACAAAGCUAGUGAGAGGUUGCGGAAGAAGUGUGCUGAUAUUGUAGUUAAGUCCGAUAUCGAUAUCAUAACUCUUGAAAAAGCAUUGCCCCAUGAUAUUGUUAAGCAAAUCAUGGACUCACGUGAGGAACUUGGCUUACAUGGGUCUGAAAGCAACAAGUUUCCAGAUAAACAUGUGAAGAGAAUACAUAGGGCCUUGGAUUCUGAUGAUGUCGAAUUAGUGAGGAUGUUGCUGAAAGAGGGGCAUACCACACUGGAUGAUGCAUGUGCACUACACUAUGCUGUAGCAUAUUGUGAUGCCAAAACUACAACAGAACUCCUCGAUCUUGGACUUUCUGAUGUUAAUAAUUUGAAUCCAAGGGGAUACACUGUUCUACAUGUUGCUGCAAUGCGGAAAGAACCCAAGAUUAUAGUAUCUCUUCUAACAAAAGGAGCACGACCAUCUGAUCUUACUCCUGAUGGAAGAAAAGCACUUCAAAUCUCGAAGAGGCUAACCAAAUCUGUGGAUUACAAUAGAUCUACUGAAGAAGGAAAAGCUUCUCCUAAGGAUCGACUGUGCAUAGAGAUAUUGGAGCAAGCAGAGAGAAGAGAUCCAGUACUUGGAGAAGCUUCUGUUUCUCUUGCAAUGGCAGGCGAUGAUCUACGAAUGAAAUUGUUAUACCUUGAAAAUAGAGUUGGUCUGGCAAAACUUUUGUUCCCCAUGGAAGCAAAAGUUGCAAUGGACAUUGCUCAAGUGGAUGGCACUCUUGAGUUCCCAUUAACUAUACAUUCGAGGAAUGCACCUGGUGGCCAGAGGACUGUGGACUUAAAUGAAGCACCUUUCAGAAUUGAAGAACAGCACCUAAAUAGGAUGAAAGCACUCUCCAAAACAGUGGAACUCGGGAAACGAUUUUUCCCUCGAUGCUCUGAUGUACUCAAUAAGAUUAUGGAUGCUGAUGACUUAUCAGAGCUUGCAUAUGUUGGGAAUGAUACACCAGAGGAGCGUCAACUGAAGAAGAGAAGGUACAUGGAACUCCAAGACAUCCUCACUAAAGCAUUCAACGAGGACAAAGAGGAAUUUGAUAAGUCUGCUGCUAUAUCGUCAUCUUCGUCGACAACUUCCCUAGGAGUAGCAAGGUCUAGUAAUAGGUUCACCUUAAACAAGCAAAAUACUAAUCACUGAGAAACAAUACACAUACAUGUAUGUCAUCCAUAUAAUUUUUUUUCUUUCUUCGAUUUUAAAUUUUGUUACGCAUUCUGUGUUCUAGUUUGUAACAUAGUUUGGACCAUCUUGGGGUUUAAAGCAGGGAAUUUUGUUGUUAAUUUCCUGUUCUAAUGAUAAUUUAGAUGGCUUGGCUUC